AAAUGGAAACCGGUCAGGCUGUCCCUGUUCGCGCCCAGCAGCAGCGGCGCGGGCCGCCUGGAGAUCGGGGACGGCGGAGCUGCAGGAACUGGAAUAAUCAGCCAGAACCACCCGCCCGGUUCUGCUGGGUUCUGCCGGGUUCUGCUGGGUUCUACUUGGUACUACCGGGCUCGGACCAGCAGGGUGCCGCUGAUCUGAGGUCAGAUUUCCUUCAGGACUACAGAAUGACUGAAGUUUCAUUUCCUGCUCGACUUCCUGUUUUCCAGGAAGGUUAAAUCAGGAUCUCUGACUAAUUUAGGGAGGAACCUUUGAAACUGAACUGCAGACUUGGUCUGCUAAGAAACCCCACAGAGUGAGGAAGAGGAGCGUGAUGAAGGUCUGACUCGACGCGAGCGCAGGGAGAUUGAAGAAUCAUGUCGUGUCACAAAGGAUCAUGGAGUCAGAGCUGAGAGGUGGAGGCAGCGUGGUGCUGCGGGGGGAAGACGGUGGCCGGGUUACGCAACACUGAGAGCUCAGGGCUGCGAAGAGCAUUUAGCAUCAUGAAGCAGAAAGUAGGACAGAGAGGAAGAGGAGCAGAGAGGAAGAGGAGCAGGUUUCUGACCGAUGGCCUCACCAUGAAGGUCUGAGUUGAAGAAACUGCAGGAAGAAAAUUUAAUCCAAAAAAAUAACAAAAUUAUUUAAAACCCAAAGGAAAAAAAGUCAAAAUGACAUUUUCUUUGUAAAAAUGAAUGAGGUCAGUUUUCAUUAGCGCUGACGCUGUAAACCAGCAGGAUGGUGUCGCCCUCUAGUGGUCCGGCAUGUUAUUGCAUCAUUUCAUGUGUAUCUCAUGUCUCAGUGGAUCUGCUCCAGGUUAUAAAUGUUGAUCCUGUUGCUUUGCUGUUCUUCAGACUCUGAACCUCGUAUGAUCACGAUGUUAUGGAAUAUCUGUUGGAAUAACGUGAAGCUAACAGUGGAGCUAAUGGGGGCGCUGAGCUGCGGAAGCCCCACCAGCUUCACGGGGAGAAGAAGGUGAAGGUGGUGCACCUGAUGGAGCUGAUCUCCGUCCUGAGGCUUCCUCCCAAUGCCGAGGCCUGCCACCUGGACAACAUGUCCACGUUCUGUGUGGAGACCAAAGACAGGACCCUGGUGUUCGCCGCUGCCAAAGACGACUGCCUGGAGUGGGUGGACAAGCUGCGUCACUGCAGCUUCCAGAGAGAGAAAAGUUCUGGAUCCAGUCAGGUCCACAUGGAGGAGAACCAGAUUUAUGCCUCAGCAGACGAAGCCCCUCAGUUCUGGGUGGUGGUUCAGAAGAACGACGCAGCGACGCGACGAGGCCUGCAGGGGUCGCACUGGCUGCAGCUGGAACAACAUUCGCUGCUGCUGAGAGACACGAAGAAGAAGACGAAGGUGAUGGAGUGGCCCUACGAGCUACUGAGGCGAUACGGCCAUGAUAAGGUGUCCCUCACCAUUGAAGCAGGUCGGCGCUGUGAAUCUGGUCCUGGAACCUUCUGCUUUGAGACUCAGCAGGCUGACAAGAUCUUCAACCUGAUCCAGAGUAACAUCAAGCGAAACGCUCCGGCUGCUGCUUCUGGAUCCCAGAGCCAAGACACGGAGAAAGUGCUUGUCACCAACGUUCAACCUCAUUCCCCUCUACCCAAAGUCCGUGACCUGACCAACAAGGCUGACAUCCUGGAGAACAAGCUGAGGAUGCAGGACCGGAGAUCCCCGGUGUUUGACAAUACAGCAAAGGUUCUGGAUGAUUCGGUUGGUCCGUCAGAAGGUUCUCCUGCUCCGAUCACCUUGAUGCCGCUUCCAUCUAUUCCUACGCAGGACAAUACCUCCAGAGACAAACUCAAGAGCCAAUCCAAUGCCAUAUAUGCUGAUCCAAAUGACUGUGGCCCGUCUAUUAUGGUACCCAAACUGGCCACCGCUCAGUACAUCGACCCGGCGAGGGUCCUUCCUCUGAAGCCACCGUUGUCACUGGACCCUGCACUUCCCAACGCCUCAGACUCAAAUCCCGAUGCGAGGGCCGGCGUUCCAGACUCGGUUUACUCAGAGGUUUACGACAAAAUCAGCCCAGACAAGAAAAAGCAACCCGUUCUACAGAACGCAACAACAACGUCCGAUGAACCCAUUUACUCUGAGCCCGUCUCCAGAAAAGAGCCAGACUGCCAGAAGCCUGAACCCAAACCCGACCCAUUCGCACACCUGUACGCUCAGGUCUGCAAAGCACCAACGUCAAGUAGGAACUCAACGCCUGUCACCACAACGACGACUUCCUCAACCACGACGGGUUCUUCGACGUCCAGAGAGGAACCUCUGGACGAUGUCAUCUAUGAGAACCUGGGCAUCAUUUAAAUCACUACCUGACAUCUGGAACUCAAGACUUUUUCA